CCCAGACUGAACAAGCCCGUGACGUCAGCCGAAAUGCAUUAUGGGAUGUAAACAACAUUAAAUUGGCAAAGAUGUCAUAAAUAAAAUGUGAAUUUAUUGAUAUUUUAAGCAUAUUAUGGAUAUUAACGAAAUGGGGGAACGAGUAUUUGCCGCCGAACGUAUUCUAAAGAAGAGGAUCCGAAAGGCUAAAGUUGAAUAUUUUGUAAAAUGGAAAGGCUGGUCUCCAAAAUACAACACGUGGGAGCCAGAAGAAAACAUCUUGGAUUCUAGAUUAAUUGUUGCUUUCAAUUCUAGCGAUGAGGCACAACCGAAGAAAAGAGGACCAAAGCCCAAGAAACAAAAGUUACAGGAAAACGAGGCUGCAGAAAAGGACAACACUUCAGACAGUGACUCCGACACAGACGAUGAUAAAAAUGACGACGAAGACAAAGACUCAAGUGACGAAUCUGCGAAUUCGUCAACAGACGAUUCGUUCAUUAAAACGGAAUUUGAAAAUAAUAAACAUGACAAAUCUGAUACAAACGAUGAAAAGUCUACAAAGAAUGAAGAUAGUGAAAAGGAAAGACGUGAAAAUAAACACGAUAGAAAAUAUUCAAUUUCAGAUGGAAAUAUGACCGACGAGAACGAUUUUCCUCUUCCGCCAACCCUUUCUCCAAUAAAUAUUCGAAGACCACGUGGUAGAAGUGGUCGUCCGCGAGGGAGACCACGUGGUAGACCACCUUUGGUACGCAGAGAUAUUGGACCACCGCCUUUACAGGUUGUGCUACGCGGUAGGGGAAGAGGGCGGGGACGAGGAAGAAUGAGAGGGAUAAGAGGAAUACGGAGAGGUAGGGGUCGCGGUCCGGGUCGACCUUUCGGGAGCCGGGGUACGGGUCGUGUGGGAAGACCACCCUUGAAUUUAAGAGCUGCGAUUACACGUGGUAACAUUCAUUCCAUUCGUAGAGGAAGUUUAAAUAUAAUCAGUAGUAUGGAGCGAAGAAAACUGAUGAAAGAAAAGGCACAACGAAUAAAAAACAUAUUGAAUAGAAAUGGAGGUACCUCGAACAAACAAUCAAACCAUGACGACGAGGGUAGUACGAGUCCAGAUGAAAUUCGAAGAAAUCCGUUCAUGGAAAGGACACAAAAAUCUAUGGAAAUUAAAAAUUACUGGACUCCUCCAACCAGUAUCAAAAGUGUUUUGGACCAAGUGAAAAUAACUGACGUAACUUCCGCUGAUGCGACGAUAACUAUCCGAGAGGCUACGAGUGAAGACGGAUUUUUCAAAAACCGAGAUGAGAGCAUAGGAUCUCCUUCAUCAAAGGACAGUGAAUGAUCGUAUGUGGCUUUCUGUUGCUUGUACUAAAUGGUGCUAUAUGUUUAAGGUGCAUGAUUGGAUGGUGGAAUGAUUGAGCAAAUGAAACUGUUGACCAUGUUUGCAAUAAAUUAAAAUUGUUGUCUUUAAAA